AGGAAUAACAAACCAAAACCCUGGUGUCUGUUCAACAUUCCGCCUCAGAUCCUCGCUGCUGCUGAUCGUCUUGAGGUGAUGGCUCCAAAUACAGGCCUUUUUGUGGGAUCAAAUAGAGGUCACAUAGUAACCAAGAAAGAAUUAGCUCCACGUCCUUCUGAUCGCAAAGGGAAAACCAGCAAAAGAGUCCACUUCGUGAGGAGUUUGAUCAGGGAAGUUGCUGGUUUUGCACCAUAUGAGAAGAGGAUAACUGAGCUUCUGAAAGUUGGCAAGGAUAAGCGUGCCUUGAAGGUGGCUAAGAGAAAGUUGGGCACACAUAAGAGGGCCAAGAAGAAGCGUGAGGAGAUGUCCAAUGUUCUUCGCAAGAUGAGGGCUGCUGGAGGUGGUGAGAAGAAGAAGUGAGAAUACUCGAUAAGUCAGAGCGUUUUCUAUGUUUUUGUUUAACCACAGAAAGUUCUGCUAUUACCGUUUUGUUUUACUUGGAAGAAAUGGUGUCCAUUUAAUUUCAUUAUCCACAAUUUUUUUUCGGUGCCA